AUGUCUUCCAUCUUUGAAUCUUACUCCGCCCUUCCCACAACCGCCUAUCCCAACCAGCGGGCUGUGUUCCCGUACGUUGACCCCAGCAAAGUCAACCCAGAGUUGGCAGAGGCCUUCAAGGUCCUUCCCUUCGAGCGCAAUGUGCUCAAGCUUCUGGCGCACGCCGAGGGAUUCUUCCCCCCCAUCUCCAGCCUUCUGGGCACCGUAUUCCGCUCCACUCGGGAGCUCCCCACUCUCGAGUGGCAGCUGGUCGUUCUGCGCACCGCGGCGCUGAUUGGUGCCCACUAUGUCUUCGAGAUCAACACCCCUGUGGCGCUGGUCAACGGCAUGCCCAACGCCAAGCGCCUUCUCAUUGCUUUCGGCAAGGUUGAUGACACUGAGUUCUUCACCGUGCGCGACCGCAUCCUGCUCCGCUUUGUGGAGGAGCUAGUCCGCAAUAACAACGCUAGCGAUGCGACCCUGGAGGAGCUCAAAGCCAACUUCAGCACCCGUGAGAUCUUCGAGGUCAUUGUCAUUGUGGGUCUGUACACCAUCUUCGGUCGUGUCGCCAACAUCAGCCGCAUUGAUGAUGACCCAGAGAUCCCUGGUCUUAUGGAUUCGCUGACCAACCUGACUGGUCAGAAGGAUCGCGGGGAGUAA